CCUCGAGGCUCCCAUCAAGCCCUACUCGGGCACGAAGAGCCGCUCCAACUCGUCCUCCUCGUCGCACUAUGCGCCUGCCCGCUCCUCCGCAGGAUCAAUGUAUAUGCAGCCGCGCUCGGCCCCGUCUCCCGGGCCUUACGCCUCGAACAUGAUGCAGGCGCCUCUCCGCUCUGCCCCGAGCCCAUACACCUCGCCCGCAAUGUCGACCUCGCCUCUCCCCGACGCACCAAUGCGUCUGCCACCGGUGCAGGGCUACGCCCACCCCCGCCGCCCAAGCAUGGGCAGCAGUGCGCCGAGCAUGCUGCCGUACGCGCAGCCCUCGCCGCAGCCGCAGCCGCAGCAGCCCCGGCGGUCCGCGCCGAGAAGCUACGAGCAGCGCCCGCCGAGCCGGAACACGUCGAACGGCAGCCGCGGGCACUCGAGACCCGCGAGCCGCGCCGCCUCCUCCUCCGGCCACGGCCACUCGGGGUACCACUCGGACGCGGCGAGCGUGCCGGUCCCGCACACGCCCGAGGGCAUCGCGCAGGCCGUCAGCAUAUGGCGGCAGAAGAGCCAGCGGCGCGAGGUCGAGGCCGCCAUCCAAGCCGGCAUGGUCGGCCCGCCGCCGCGCAAGGAGUGGGAGAACCCGGACGUGUUUGCGCCCGCUGGCGCGUGGGAGGCGCCGGGAUCGUACAACCCCUACGACGCGGCCGAGUUUGAGCAGCACUCGUUCACGGCGCCCCUGCGCCUUCCCAAGGCGCCCGCAGUGCCCGCGCAGCACGCCGUCCCCUCCAUCGUCCGCAGGCCCAGUGCAGGGCACGCGGUCAACUCGGCACACAUCGGCCGGUCACCGCGCGUGCAGCAGCAGGUCGCGCAGCCCGGCUGGAUCUAGGCGCGUGCCACGCACGGCUCGAUGGACGCGUUGGCGAGGUAUUUGGGGUGGGCGCAGCCUAUAAUCUUGGCAUUUGUGUAGUAGCUCGCAGUAAUCGAAAAGUCAGCAGCAGGCAGCGGCUGGGUCGCGCGCCUGGG